GGGAGCUGGAGUUAAAGGGUUCGCGGCAGAAGGCGGGCAGCGAUAGAGCUCUGUACGCCUUCAUUUCCCCGGGACCAGCGCAUCCUCGUGUGCACUUGCGCAGAACGAAGACCAGGAUUGGUUUUUGUAGAACGGGCUCGUUUCCUUGUCGCAACCAAUCGGCAUGCGCCGGGGGCGGGUCUUAGCGCUCUGACAGUCUGUUUCGGCGCGCGUUUCUUCCAGCCAUGGCGUCGGAGUUGGUACGGCGACUCGCCCCUCGCCUCGGCCUUGCGGAGCCCGGUGUCCUGAGGAAAGCAGAGGAGUACUUGCGGCUGUCCAAGGUGAAAUGUGCCGGUCUGUCUGUGCACAGCUCAGAAACCAGCAGUGCUGUCAUAUGCCUGGACCUUGCAGCUUCCUGUAUGAAGUGCCCCUUGGAUAGAGCUUAUUUAAUUAAGCUCUCUGGCUUGAACAGAAAGAUGUAUCAGAGCUGUCUUAAAUCUUUUGAGUGUUUACUGGGAUUAAAUUCAAAUAUUGGAAUAAGAGACCUAGCUGUACAGUUCAGCUGUACAGAAGCAGUGGACAUGGCUUCAAAGAUACUGCAAAGCUAUGAGUCCAGUCUCACUGAAACUCAGCAGGCAGAUCUCGACUUGUCCAGACCACUCUUUACCACUGCUGCACUACUUUCAGCAUGCAAAAUUCUGAAGCUAAAAGUGGAUAAAACUAAAAUGAUAACAACAUCCGGUGUGAAAAAAGCAAUAUUUGAUCGGCUAUGUAAGCAGUUAGAGAAGAUUGGGCAGCAGAUUAACAGAGACUCUGGAGAUUUAGCUAGUCCAGCACUGAAGAAAAAGAAGCCAUUGGUUGAACUACCAGCAAAAGAACUAGAAGAAGUAAUAGAAACCCCACAUAAACCACCGAAAGAUGAAGGUCUGUCACAGGAUUAUGAAGAAUGGAAAAGGAAGAUUUUGGAAAAUGCUGCCAACGCUCAAACAGCCACAACAGAGUGAUUUCUAGUCCGCUGCUGUCCUGCACUUUGGUCUGGAAGAUGAAGGGCAAUCUUGUCUAAACUUAUAUAUCAGGCAUGCUGAGGUUUGCCUCAAUCCACUAACACAUGCUCCUCACAUGAAAAUAGAUCAGCCAUACCACCUCCAUAGGCUCGGGUCUGUCCUCUCCUGUGGGGUGGAAUUGGGACCAUUUUGCUUCUCUGUGUUAAGCUUAGUUAGGGAAGUCUCCUGACUUAACUGAGAAUGCGCAUUUCAAGCUGAAAGGCAUCUCAGACAUUUUACUUGUUUUUAUGUUUUAACUUUAUUUCACUAAAUCAGGGUUAUACAGCCUAAGUUAAUAAAUGUUUUUAUAAGAUUCAUUUAUGUUUAUGAGUAUUCUGCCUGCAUGUAUGUUUGUGUACCGCAUGUAUGCCUGGUGCCAGUGGAGGCCAGAAAAGGAUGCCAGAUCUACUAAGACUAGAGUUUCAGACAGUGUGAGCUGUCAUGUUUGUGCUGGGACUCAUACCCCAGUGCUCUUAACCACUGAACCAUCUCUCUAGUCCAAUAAAUGUUAUUUUAGUAUGCAUUUGAGUUGCACUUUCAGCUUUGAGUAAUCUUUAUUAAGCCAAACUCUAUAUCUGCCCAAAUGAAAAAGCUCAUGAGUACUGAGCCUUACUUCUCCCUGGAGCCCAGACUCAGACAAACUUUACUUUGCCAUUUGAAUAAAUACAACUAACUUCUGUUUGCUGCAUCUCUAAAGUAGAAAUUAAAAGGUACUUACUGGUUUGACUAUG